AUGGGGAAUCGAUUGGAUGGUUGUGAUCUCAGAUCGUCCUCCAGCACCCUGGCUCUUCCCUGCGUCAGUGGCUGUUACCUCCCCAAACAAGAGACUGCAUUUAUCCACACCGUCCGUGGGGAGCUGGACGUAUUUCAACAGAAAAAUGAGCUGAAAAGCGUUCUACUCUUUCCGCCUGUCCCGAGCCGACUUCGGUUCCUGAUUCACCAAACCACCGCCAAUCUCCCCAACCUCAGCACAUUCUCUGUGGGUGAGGGCUGUGCCCGCAGAGUCGUGGUGUGCUAUUCUGACCUCAGAUUGCCAGAAGAGGAUCAUGGAGAUACAGAAAUCAGUUCCCAUUUACGAGCACGCAGUCGGGACAGGGAAAUGGAGAACAAAGGCAACAGACACAGAGCCAGACGACCAGACAAGGCUAUUUAUGUUCCACGCGCUAUAAGACAUAAGGUAGAUCUGGAGCAACUAAAUCUCAAGGAAUCAACAGAGGAUUCUAGCUCUGAUGUUGCUAAGGAACCUCUUGUAUCCAAUCAGGAGACAGAGGUAGACAGCACUGACCAAUCACUGGCCGAUCAGGAGUUUGUGCAGCUUUCAAGGACUGGGCCUUCCCCGUCGCCUCCAGCCUGGGACCAGACUGUGUCUUUCUUCAUGUCUUUGACAUUAGAUGACCAAACAGAUGAAAAUUGUGCCAACAACACGGUCCUUCCCAUUGAUGCGACACUCCAGCAGCAGAACCUUGAUGAGAGUUUGCUCUCUGAGAUCAAAGCCAAACUCAUAUGUGGGGACAUCACCAUACUGAACACCUGCAAUGAUUUCCCCGCCUAUGCAAACAUCUGGCUUGACCCAGAGGAAUUCGGCCACGUCAUUGAGAUCUACAACUUUCCUGCCUUUUUUAAAACAGAUGACCUUCUUGAUGCCUUUGCUGAUUAUAGUGAAGGGGGGAUGAAGAUCAAGUGGGUGGAUAACACUCAUGCUCUCGGGAUAUUUUCAAGUCAGUCAGCAGCUACACAGGCGCUCUCUCUUCAGCACCCGAUACUGAAGACCCGCUCACUUCUAGAGGGGAGCCAGAAAGCAAAGUGGAAAGCAGCCAGACGAGCAGAGUUCAUUCAGCCGGUGAGGGAAAGGCCACAAACGGACACAGAGGUGGCUCGCAGAAUGGUGACCAGAGCACUUGGGUUGAGAGGAGGUUUAAGGAAAUGACAACAACUGAAUAAGUCUGCCUGAGUUCCUGUCUUGUUUCUGACUUGUUCAAAUGACAGUUGUCCUGGAAAUCAACUACUACACAAUCCAGAAGAAAAGGACAUACUGUGAAGCUUUGUUUAUGCAGCACAGGAAGUGGAAAUUCUUAAACGCAUGAAAUGUCUUCUCCCAAAUUUCUAGUUUUGUUUUUUUUGAGUUCUGUACUGUUUAAGAAAAAUAGUUUGUUAAAUGAUAAUUUCAUUUUUUUUUUUUUUUUUUCUUUGACUGUUUUUCGUUCUUGUUAGCUUUCUCUUGCUCUCUUUCUCCAUACUAUCAGGUCUGGCAUCAAGUUCAGCCAUUUUAAAUAUAAUCUUUUGUAUGUUUAAAUUAGCAAUAAACUCUUUUGCUUAUUUUGAAGCAAGUAGUGAAAUGCUGUUGCUGUUUAGGGUGCGCUGAAUGUGACAGAGGUUAGUAAUAAGUGUGUUUUGAUUGGAUUUCCUAACUAUGGGUACAGGACCAUAAUAUUGAAUCUGAUGAUUAAAUAAAGUUUAACAAGACUAAUCAUAA